GGCAGCAGGGAUGGGCGGCGCGGUGCCGGUAGCGGUGCCGGUAGCGCGGGCACUGCCGGUGUUGCUGCUGGCGGCCGGGCUGUGCGCGGCGCAGUACGAGCAGUACAGCGUGCGCGGCUUCCCCGCGGCCGCGCUGGAGCCGCUGCAGAGCGCCUACGAGCGGGCGCUGGAGCAGUACGCGGACGCGCAGUGGGCGGAGAGCGCUCGGGGGCUGGAGGCCAGCCUGCGGCUGCACCGGCUGCUGCGGGACAGCGAGGCGCAUUGCCACCGCCGCUGCGCCGGGGAGCCCCCUCCUGCCGGGGAGGGUCCGGCCGGGGAGCGGGAGUGGGAGCGGGAGCUGCGGCUCUUCGGGCGGCUGCUGCUCCGGGCCGGCUGCCUGCGCGCCUGCAAGCGGGAGCUGCCCGUGUUCCAGCUGCGCUACCCGCCGGCGCAGACCCUGCGCGACUUCCAGCGCCGCCAGCCCUACCAGUACCUGCACUACGCGCUCUUCAAGUCAAACAAGAUCGAGAAGGCCGUGUCUGCUGCCCACACCUUCCUGCAGAAGAACCCCAAGCAUGAGAUGACCUUGAGGUACCUGAACUACUACAGGACCAUGCUGGAUGUGGAUGAAUACCUGGUGGACCUGGAAGCUCAGCCCUAUGAGCCGAUAUUCGUGCGGGCAGUGAAGCUGUACAACAGUGGGGAUUUCAGGAGCAGCGCAGCCGACAUGGAGCAGGCUCUGGCCGAGUACUACAAGGCCUACGAGGAUUGUCUGGCCGGCUGUGAGGGCGCCUACGAGCUCCAGGAGUUCAAGGAUUUCUACCCUGCCAUCGCAGGUAACCACUUUGUGAGCGUGCUGCAGUGCAAGGUGGACUGCGAGACCGAGCUCACCCCCAACGUGGGCGGCUACUUCGUGGAGAAAUUCGUGGCCACCAUGUACCACUACCUGCAAUUCGCUUACUACAAGCUGAACGACGUGCAGGACGCGGUGCGCAGCGUCUCCAGCUACAUGCUCUUCGACCCGGGGGACACGGUGAUGCAGCAGAACCUGGUCUACUACCGCUUCCACCGCGAGCGCUGGCGCCUGCGCGAGGAAGACUUCGAGCCACGGCCGGAAGCCGUGAGGUACCACAACCAGACGGCGGCUCAGAAGAAGAUGCUGGAGUUCGCCCGGCAGUACCUGCAGGAUGAUGAUGAUGAGAUGGAGGUGGAUGGUGCUGAGGGGCCCGAGGUGCUGGAGCUGCCCUCUGAUGGCGAGUUCGAGGGUGAAGGUGACUACGAGGAGGGAUUCUUCUCAGAGUGGUGGCAGGAGCCCAAGACCAAAGGAGACAAAGACGACCAAGAGAUCCUAUGAUGAGCCAGGUCAAGGGGGAGCCAGCACCAGCUGAGCUGGAGGGUGGUGGCUCUGCGAUGCCAUCUUGGGGACAUCGGGCUCCUCCCAGCCACCGGUAAAACUCAGACUCGUGGGGAGGGGCCAGUCCUGCCCAGCAUCCUGCAGCAGGGCUGCCUUUGCCACCGGGAUGUCUGCUGGCACAGCCCAGUUCCCAUCAGAGGAACAGCAGCAGCCCUGAAGGUCCCUGCCUGCCCAGGAGCCUGGGCCACCCCUGUCCCCAGUGCCCCAGGAGCCCUGGCCAGCAGUGAUGCCCCACAGCAUGGGGAUGGAUUUCUGUGUCCCUCAGCUGCUCCCCAGGAGCUGUGGAUGAUGCACCAGGAUCCACCCCUGUGUUGUGCUCAGGGGUUUGGGGGCUACCCCUGCUUUGGGAGCAGUGCACAAUGCUGCUGGAGCUGCUCCUGCCCCUUCCUGAGGCUCCUGCUCCUGUUCCUCCAGCCUCCCAGGCAAUCUGCCAGCUCCCCUUGGACUCCUCAGCCUGGUGCUACAGGGGGCUCCUGGUGUGUCACCUCCCUGUGUCACCUCCCCGUGUCACCUCCCUGUGUCACCACAGGGUGAGGCUGUGGCACCCAUGCCCUGCCUGUGCCUUGAAUUUUUGCCACACCAGCCCUCUCUAGCCUUAAGCUCCGUUAAUUUAAGAUUUCCCCUCUUGCACAGUUGCUCUUUUUAUAUAUUUACUGGUGCUGAACUUUUAAUAAAACCCAGACUGGUCUUUUCAA